AUGAUCGACCACGUUCACGGAACGUGCAUGCAAUUGCGAAUACCAAAAGCAGAAUCACAAGAAGGAAAGGGAGACGUACCACCCACAGGUCCCUGCGUUGGGCUGGGGAACGGGCUAAAUGUAUGCGUCACCGCUGGAUUUGCGGAUGGUUGGACCGCAAUACCGCCAGGACCGGUGCCACUUGCCGUUGAGCCAGGCGUAAAUGACGCCGAGAAUGUUGAUGUCACAUUCGUCGGGAUCGCCGACAAAGGCGGGAUGGAGACCCCUGUCGACCCAAUGGUCCCGGAUGCGGUCAAGGUCGGCGUGAACGAGGCAUUGGGCACCGAGAGCGAGCUCGCGAGAGUCGAACUUAAGACGGUGGACUCGCUCGGCGCGUUAGCAGAAACCGUGCCUGUGCGGCUGACCGAGGUCAAGUGUGAGGGUGUCGACAGCACCGACGAGGCGGUCGCGAAUGAGCUCGUGAUGUUCGAUAUGCUUAGCGGGUCAGAGGGCGUAGCGGCAGACGCGAGCCGGAAGCAUGUUUGCGACGCGGCAAGAACACCAAGCACGAUAGCACGUCGAGUUGAGAGCACCAUCGUUCGUCAACGACGCGUUGGCGUCGUCGUUAACAGUGCAGGCGAGGUUUCGACAAGAGAGUAG